GCUAGGUAUAAUCGCACUGAAACAAUCGAUUUUAUGUACAAUCGAUAAGCAGCCCUGGCAAAGCACUGGAAUUUCCGAAUAGUCUGCGAAUUUUAACAAUUUUUCUACGAAAAAUGGAGUUUAAUCAAUACGCUGACUCAGCUCUGAGUUCCCUUUUGGAGACCACAAAGUUUCUUCAGGAAAUUAGCGAUGGCAUUUCAGAUGUCGAUGGCGGCGAGGUCCGUAAGUUGCUGGAGGAAGGCGCCAGAUCUCGCUUAGAGAACGCUGAGAAAAUCAUUGAGCUGAAGACCAGGCACAAAGGACUCGUGCAGGAAAUGCAGGUGGCUAGAGGUGAAAGCGCCACCGUCGAGGAGCUCGGGCGGAACUGGAACGAACGCCGGAAUGCAGUGGAAAGUAAGCCUAUCGAUACUAAAAACACAGCCGAGUAUCAGAGCUUCAAGCGAUCCAUCGAGGCAUGUAUUUCGAAGCCAGAACCAGAAGCUAUUGACUCCGACGAGGAUGUAGUCCCAAUGGAGCUGUCAGGUGUCAAUGUCUUCUCACCAUACGAUCCCUGGACCAAAGCGCUCAUCAGGAAUCCUGUUCGCAACAAGAUGUGCGGGCACAUCUACGACCACGAAUAUGUCCACGGAAUCAUCAAGAAUAACAUUGGGAUUCGAUGCCCAGUGGCUGGUUGCGGCAACAAGGUCCACAUCCAUCCUGCCCACUUGAUCAAGGAUGAGGCUGUCAAGCAGAAGAUCAUCUUGCAAGAGGUGCAGGAUACGCAGUCGGAUGCAGACGAGGAUGAUGACGAAGAUGCCAAUGAGGAAGUUGAGCAGGUUGCCGAUGACGAGGAUUGAUCGACCACAUUAUUUUUAAUGAAUAUAAGAUCAGUAACUUUUUAAUUCAAGUUAUUCAUACAAAUAUGAUUUCAAUAAGCGUGUAAAUUUACCUUUUCUACUGAAUAAAACUUAAACGCUUUGGG